UCAGAUACAUGGUCUCAAUGUGAGUUGUGACGUCACAUCCUUCAGUCGAGAGAAAAUCAGUCUAGUUUCAGUCGUCCAUUUUGCGUCAACUGGAUAUUAUUUUGCCGUGUUAACCGCCUAAGUGGAGUAAUAGAAAUAUCAAAAUGGGGCCAAACUACGGGCCGAAGGUGUUAGCCAUCGUUUUCAGCCUUGUGCAGGUCAGUGUUGCUUAUAUGGAGGCUUUAGCAGCAAAUGCUGAUGUUGAGGAUAAAUUUGAACCCAUGGUUGCCUUUAUGUGUAACAAACCAACCAUGCAUAAAGUGGUGAAUGGUUGGGAAGCAGACUAUAAACAAGAAUGUAUUACUGAAAAUAAAAGAAGUAUUUUGGAUUAUUGUAAAAAGAUGUACCCUGAUCAUGAUAUCACAAAUAUUGUAGAGACAUCUUACAUGGUCUCUAUUCCAGAAUGGCCAGAUAAGGACGGCAAAAAUACCCAUACUCAUAAAGUUCGACCAUACAGAUGUAUUGUUGGUGCCUUCCAAAGUGAUGCUUUGUUGGUUCCACAACAUUGUGUUUUUGACCAUCAUCAUGAUACAGACAUGUGCAUGGAUUUUGACUUCUGGAACAAAACAGCCAAUGACAAAUGCAAGAAUAGACAUGAUCAGAAGAUUCUCAAAGAAAGUUUUGCCAUGCUUUUAGAGUGUGAGGUUGAUAAAUUCAAUGGAGUUGAAUUUGUUUGCUGUCCAGAAAAGAAAGAUGAUCUUGAGAAGAAGAAAAAAACUGAUAAAACUAUCAUCUAUGAGGAUGAGGAUGAUUCUAACGAAUCGGCUGAAGAUGAUUAUCCAGCCAUUACAUCAGAUGAUAAUACUGAUGCAUACCAUGCCUACCUCAACAUGGGAAAACCUAAAUCUGGUAAAAACGAACAUCAAAUAUUUAUCAAAGCACGUAAAGAUAUGAAAAAGCAACAAGAAGAAAAGAUGACCAAAUUAAUGAAAGAAUGGCAAGCUGCCCGAGAUCACAUCGCUGAACUCCGAAAAACUGAUUACAAAUCAGGUGAUAAACUAGAAAAGGAAAUUACUGAGAGAUUUAAGAGAUUGUAUAAAUCUUAUCAACAAGAAGGAGCUGCAGAGAAAGUUCAACUUAUUGCUCUACAUCAACAACACAUCCAAACAGAUCUUAAUAAUCGUAAACGUGUUGCCAUGGAUAAAUAUAUCGCAGCUUUACAAAAACAAGAUGCUCACAAAAUAUUGAAAUACCUCAAAGCGUACAUCCGUGCUGAAGAGAAAGAUAGGAUGCAUACAGUUAAUCAUUAUGAACAUACUGUCUACACCAAUAAAGAAGAAGCAAAAGAAAUGUACCCUCACAUGCAGGAACAUCUAGAUCUCAUCACACAGAGACUGAACCAAACAAUGACAAUGUUAGCAAAAUUCCCAGAUAUGCAACGUAAACUUCUCCCUGAAAUCGAGAAAUUCCGUCAACGUUAUCGAGCUGUUGAUCAGAGCAUCUUGAACAUCGUAAUGGGACCACCAAAAACUGAAAUUAUUGCUAAAACAACUAAAGGUGAUGAAGAAACUGUUGUUAUUACCAAUGAAAGCCAGCAACCAACAUCUGUAUUGGAUGAAUAUGAUGGAAACAGUGAAACAAGUGAAAAUGAACAUGAAUAUCAUUUCCAGGCUAAUGCUCGAGAUGAUACUGUUGGUAUUGAUCAGGAAAUGAAUGUGGUGUCUGCCGUUGCUACCAACAAAGUAGGAAGUACUUUUGGUAUCGCCAUUGGUAGUGUCUCAAUCUUUGUCAUUAUUGUUGUUGCCAUAGUAAUGUUACGCCGAAGAGGAAGCAGACAGACAGUUACCCAUGGUUAUGUUGAAGUAGAUCCUGCUGCCUCCCCAGAGGAACGACAUGUAGCCAAUAUGCAGAUGAAUGGCUACGAAAAUCCAACAUAUAGAUAUUUUGAAAUCGCCACAUAAUCAUGCUUGUUGUUAUGCAGAAAUGUGCAUUGUGGGUAGAUUUUUUAAAGAUUCAUUUUGUAAAUGCUUGUGGCCAUCAUUUGAUAUUAGUUUCUUGUCUGUAUUGCUCCAGUGAUAAAAUUAACUAUUAUUAUUAUUUUGGUCCUAGAUUAUGUAAAAUGCCACAAGUGUAAAUUGUCAACACGCUCUAGAACAGACAACACAAGGAUGUUUUUUACUUGUAAACAUUUGAAAGCAGUUUCAAAAUUUGAUUACUUUGGAUUGAUAAAUUAAUGUGUAAAUAUGUUUGUUUAUUUUAAAUGUUGCAUAUUUAGCUUCUCAAGGGCGACAUUUUAAUCGAUUUUUACACAAUUUUUAUUGAAUCAAAAUAUAUGUUAUCCAUACAGACAGAUUGAAUUCAUCUUGUGUUUGAUAUUUUAAAAAAAGAGUAAUUAAACUGAAAAGGAGAUAUUUUAAAAAUAUAUCACUACCCCUUCUCCCUUAGAAAUAUGUGAUUGCUUGUACUCAAAACUUACAUUUAAUAAUUUAAAAUGACAAGCUAGAAAGAAGGGAAAUAACUCUUCCUUCCAUUAAAGUCGAGAUAACUUUUCUUUUAAUAUUUUCAACAAUUGAAAACUUAUUGAAGUUGUGUUAACUAAUUGAAAUAUAAUGGUAAAAUAUGCUUGUUGAAUUGUAUUUUAGCAAGUUGGCGAAAAGUCAUUUAUUAUUGUAAAAUGACUCUCCCCACCUUCAUUGUAUAUUGCUACAUUCACUGAAUGCACUUGUAAUGUGCACAUAUAUGUUUAUUAUUAUUAUAUUAAUCAUGUCAUAUAUUGUAUAUGUAUUCGGAUGGAAUGAUACUAUAAUAUUGUAGUCAAGCAAUUACUAAUUAAAUGUUAUCUGGUAUUUUUGGUGAAAUUUGUCAAAGUAAGUAUAUGUACAUUUUUUUCUCUUUUUUUCUUAUUUAUAUUACAAAUUUUUUCUCUGGUAGAAAUAUUACGCUGGAUGUUUCUAACAACUUUUAUAGUUUUUAAUCAAGAUAUUUGACUUCAAAUAUCAUUAGCUAAUUGAUAAGAUCUCUGCUCAACAAUAACAAAUCUUUGAAAUGUAAUUGGGAUAUCUAUUUACAAAAAUAACCGUGUUUAGUUCACAACUAAAUUGCUGCCCAUAACGGUGGGGUUUUGCAUUUGUUUAGUAGAUUUUAUUAAAUGGCUGGUUUAUUAAGACUGCCAAGCAAUCAAAACCGUAAUUUUUUAAAUUUGAGAUCUGGCUACUGAAAUUAAGGUCUAGUAAUUUGAAUGUGUAUAUUGCCAGCUUUUAUUAUUAGUGUUGUAAUAUUAAUGUUUAAUAUGUGUUCAGUGUAAUGGUUGAUAUAUAUAUACAUAUAUAUAUAUAUAUAGUGAUAGCAAAUACACUAUUCAUAUAGUCAGUAUACUCUUAAGAACAUAUUAAUUUCAUACUUUGGUUAAUUUAUAUAUAAACUUCUUUAAUAACUUUAAAUAUUUUAUUUUAUAUGAACAAAUCAUUUUUCCCCCCCUUGAAGCUGUUCAAAAGAAAAGCCAGGGCUCGGUUACUGGAAAUCUUAGAUUUUAGUAACAUUUUACCAGCAAAAAAUAAUCAAUCUAUUAUUUUUAUCCUGGUAUAGCAUUGAAGCAAUCAUACCAAUAACCUAAGCAUAAGGUACAAACCUAAGAUUUUUCCAGGAAUCGAGCUCUGGAGGUGUCACUUUAGCAAAAGAUGUUCUCAAUAUUUAAAGUUAUUUUAAAGUUUUGAAAGAUAAAUUUUUUAACAUUAUGGGUUGCUAUUUUUUUUCCAGCCUACUUAAUUAACUAUGAUAUAUAUUAUUUGUAAUAAUUAUUAUUAAGAAAUUAAUUGUACUAGUACCAUGUUUCCAUUUUGAUAUUAAGUAUAGGUAUGUGUUUAAGAAACCCCCAUCAAUGCCAUUUAGUUUCUCAUUUUAGAAGUAAAAUGAGCAUUUUAAGGUAAAAGAUUAUGAAUUAUUUUGGUCAAAUUUUCUUUUGGGAUGACAGUGAAAUUAUCAAAAAUUCAGAUUUGCAUAAACCACUCAAAUGAGAUUUAUUUUGUUUGUUUAUCAUUAGUUUGUCUAUAAAAGAAAUACUGGAUCAACGAACUGGCUCAAUUUUACCACCAGAGGGCUCUCAACAUUCCAUUCUAAUGAUUGACCAAUCAGGUUGUGUUGUGAUGAUCAUGUGAUAAAUUUUCUAUCUUUAGCUUUGUUGUGGUUGGUCAAUUAUUAUCUGAUGCCAUUCCAUUGGCUGUAACAGUUGACACCAGUCCUUAUUUAGACAUGCAAUACAUGGUAACAUUUUAUUUUAGAAUUAUCCAGUCAUUUAUUUGCUGUAGUCAAUUCACUCUUCUAAUAAACACAUUUACAAUAAAA